AUGUCGCCGAAAGGACAAGAACUGAAAGUUUAUAUAAAUGCCAAAGGUCAAAUAUUUGAAUCUCUCACUUUCCCUCGUUUCAAACUCUCCAAAAUCACACCAAAGCAUUACAAAAAGGUAUUUGAUCGGCAUCAAAGGGAGAAGUCUGAGUAUCCUGAAGAUAUGGUAAAGACCAAUAUUGUCAUGCCACAUCGGAAAAGAGUACAACGUAUCACUAUAAAUAAAGGGGUAUCAAAUCCUCCAAAGAAGGGCAGACAAGAACCUCCACCUGGAAAUAAAGGUAAUACAGACCGUGCAAGUGGUAGUUCCAGCGGGUCUAAGCUGGAAGAUAUGUUACCUAAUGUGCUCCAAAAGGUUGAGUCAACUGAUGCAGAGGUGAAGGAGAUGAAAUGUGACUUCUCUAGUAUAAGUCAAUUGGUAGACUCUCACACCACCUCCAUCAAACAAAUAGAGCAACAGUUGGGACACCUUUCAGUAUCACUGAACCAUAGAAAGAAUGGGUCACUACGAAGUGAUACUAUUCAAAAUCCUAAGAAGGAAGGGCAUUUCAUGGCUAUCGCCACCAGGAGUGGUAAGAUUCUUAAUGAACCAAUUUUUGCAGAUGACGUGAAAGACGCUCAACCAAUAGAAAAACCAGUAGGAGCAAAGGAAAAAGGGGUUGAGGGAACUAUGCCUUUACAUGCUAUUGCCACCAGAUCUCUGUUACAGAAGAAGGAGGAUCUGGAUGCAUUCACCAUAUCGUGCACCAUCAGAUCAUUUGAGUUUGCAAAGGCCUUUUGUGAUUUAGGGGCCAAUACAAAUCUGAUGCCACUGGAAAUCUACAAGCAACUAGGGUUAGGAGUUCCAAAACCCACAACAAUGAGGUUGAUGAUGGAAGAUAGAUCGGUGAAGCGACCUGUGGGCAUCUUAUGUGACGUUCAUGUAAAGGUGGACACUUUCAUCUUUCUGGCAGACUUAGUGAUUUUGGAUUGCGAAGUGGAUUUUGAGGUUCCCAUAAUUUUGGAAAGACCAUUUCUUGCCACAGGACGAGCAUUGGUUGAUGAUGAGAGUUGA